CAUACCAAUCCAAUGGGCCUCUUCGACACAGUUAACAGGCUUGGAUUCGAUUAACCUGAAAGAGAACAAGUACGAAACUCCAUUGUUGAGCUUGGCAAUGCUUUUUUCUCCUUCAAUUAAUACAUGAACAUUAAACCAAAUUCUACAAACAGAAGUGCAAAUAUCAGAAUUUAUUCGAGGAAAUAAGGAAAACCAUGAAAAGGGCAUUCAAGAUCAAUAGUUUUGUUAAUAAUUGGAGAAAUGUAGGAAUUAGGGGUUUUUCAGCAUUGGCUGGAAAGGGAAAAGGGCUGCAAAUAUCUGGGGUUAAGGAUAUUAUAGCAGUGGCUUCUGGUAAAGGUGGAGUUGGCAAGUCAACCACUGCAGUUAAUUUGGCUGUUGCCCUUGCUAAUAGAUGUCAGCUUGCUGUUGGUCUGCUUGAUGCUGAUGUCUAUGGACCUUCUAUCCCUACAAUGAUGAAGAUUCAUGGAAAGCCAGAAGCCACUGAGGAUUUGAAGAUGAUUCCCAAGGAAAACUAUGGAGUAAAGUGCAUGUCAAUGGGAUUGCUUGUGGAAAAGGAUGCACCAAUUGUUUGGAGAGGUCCCAUGGUAAUGAGUGCUCUAGAGAAAAUGGCCAAAGGAGUUGAUUGGGGGGAGCUUGACAUUCUUGUGGUUGACAUGCCUCCUGGAACUGGUGAUGCUCAGCUGACUAUUUCUCAGCGGCUGCAAUUAUCAGGGGCUAUAAUUGUCUCCACUCCUCAAGAUAUUGCAUUACUUGAUGCUAGAAGAGGUGCUCACAUGUUCUCCAAAGUCAAUGUUCCGAUUAUAGGAAUCAUUGAAAACAUGAGCUGCUUUAUGUGUCCUCACUGUAGCCAACCUUCAUUUAUCUUUGGGGAAGGAGGAGCAAGGAGGACAGGAUCUGAAUUGUCUCUUGAAUUUCUUGGUGAUAUACCCAUAGAGAUGGACAUUAGAACUUGCUGUGAUGAUGGUGUCCCUAUUGUAAUAUCGUCACCAGAUUCAACCAGUGCCAGAAGAUACACUGAUGUGGCUCAGAAGGUUAUAAAGCGACUAGAGGAAAUUUCAGAGAAGCAAUUUAGCCCUGAAAUUUCACUAUGAUUUUCAGGACUUGCAAGACAAAUUUCCAGUGCUCUGUGACCUUGUGCCUUUCUGAGGAAAAAAGAGAGGGAUGGUGGGGGGGGGGGUGUUGGGAGCGUUCGGGUAGAUCUUGUAGUCUAACAGUAUUUUUGUGCAGUCAGAAAAUUCUAAUAUCAGGGUCUACAUGUAAUCAAAUCCUCUUGUGUGGUAACUAUGGUGUGCAAUCAUGGUAUUGCGCUUCAAAAUUCAUGGGGGUUACCCCUCCAGUUUUUAAUUGUCUCUGUAUUUACUUUUCAAGUUUUGUUGAAACGCCUUCUAUUUACCUGAGUGUUUAAGUUUUCAGCCACAAUUGUUCCAGAUUGCUGCUCUUU